UUGUUCAAAUCAAAGCAAGAUCGAUUGAAUACUCCACCGACCAUAUAGACUCUCUUAAUAUUCAGCAUAACGGCUAAAUCCUUUCCUUCAUCUCUCAGUCUUCUUCUCCUUCUCUCGUGUAUAUAUAUAUAUAUAUAUAAAUCGGCAAGCAAGGUUUUACUCACAUAUAUGGGAGUAUAGAUAGGAAAGAUGGGCUUAAAAUCAUUGAUAAGCUUACAAAUGAUACCAUGGCCGUGUGUUCCAUUGAUAUGGAAUCAUAUCUCUUGUAUACAUAUCAGAGGAGAAGAAGAAGAACAACAACAACCUCAACCUCAACAUCAAGGCGGUGGUGGUGGUGCUGGUACAACAACAAUCAAAGUCAUAAAAUCAGAUGGUUUAGUGAAAAUCUAUAACAAACCAAUCAAUGCAUCAGAUCUCAUGACGGAAUUCCCUAAACAUCUUAUAUGUCAUUCUGAUUCGUUCUAUAUUGGUCAAAAGAUUCAAGCUUUAUCUGAAAAAGAUAAGCUUCAGUUAGGUCACAAAUACUUUCUUCUUCCUCAGCAUCUCUUCCAAUCCGUUCUUUCUUUUGUUACCAUUGCUUCUUUUGCUGCCGCUUCUAAAUCAUCAUCACAGGUAUCUCCUCUCAAUACUACUCCCUCUUCGGUUUCAUCCACCAAUUCGGUGCUGACAGCCAAAGUUAGGAAGAACGCCGAUGUUUUAAACAAGGUUAAAAGUUGUCAACCGUUUGAUAUAAGAAAAACAGCAUCUGGGUCGUUACAGAUUAGAGUAUCAGAUGAGUUUAUAUCAAAAUUAAUGGAAUCACCUUCAUCAGUCAAAGAAGAUGAUGAAGAAAAUGAAGAUGAAGAUCGAGUAAAACAGAGGAUUUGUAAUACACCUCAGUUACAAAAAGAUUACAGUCAGUUGGUUGGUUGUUCUAAACAAUGGAAACCUAAACUUGAAACAAUAUCAGAGUCCUCCUCAUCAUCAUCGUCGUCCAGGAUAAGAAAACUUGGUUCUUUUAGUAUUAUUCAUAGGAAAAACAACAAGAAAUCUCAUCAUGAUCAUUACCAAACACAGAUCACUCAAAGAUCACCAGAGUACUACCAUUAUGGAACAAGCAACCAUGAUCAACCUGAUCUUACUUCAAAAACAAACGUCAAGAUAAUCAAGAUGUCAAAACAAAGCAUCAACAACAACAACAGAAUGAUUUGUAAAUUUUAAACUUUUUUUUCUUUUCUUAAAUAUCUGGGUCCUUUAGUUUCUGAAUCAACAAAAGAAAUGUGGUUUUGUAAAUUAAUUAAUUAAUCAUUUAGACACUUUAUAUCACAUAAGCAGCUUCAUCAUUGGUCUA